AUGGGUAGUGAAAGACCUAACAAAUCUCUUUGGGAAUAUGGUAUACCAGACACAACCACUGGCAUACUUUCUAGUAUUACCAGACCGAUUGUCACUGCUGCACACUUUGAACUGAAUCCUCAAUUUAUUCAGUUCAUCUCCAAUGAUUCAUUUUCAGGCUCGCCUGAUGACUGCCCUAUAAGUCAUAUUGAUAACUUUUUGGAGAAGUGUGAUACUAUGAAGAUAAACAACGUCACCGACGAUGCUAUUAGACUACGCCUUUUCCCUUUUUCUCUACGGGAUAGGGCGAAGGAAUGGUUGAAAUAUGAAGGUACAGGCUCUUUUGAUACAUGGGAUAAACUAGUCAAGGCAUUUUUGGUGAAGUUUCUAGACCAAGAGAAGACUGCUAGAUUGAGGAAUGAGUUAACUACCUUUCACCAAGCCGAUGAUGAGUCAUUGUAUGAAUGUUGGAGAAGAUUUAAACGUCUACAAAGGCAGUGUCCUCACCACGGGAUUCAGGAGUGGAUGUUGAUCCAAACCUUCUAUAAUGGGUUGACCCAUGAAUAUCGAAUCUAUAUUGAUGCUGCAUCAGGGGGUUCUAUCACAUCAAAGAUUCCAUCCGAAGCAAAAUCAUUAAUCAAGAAGAUGGCAGCUAAUGACAACUAUCAUUCAAGUGGUCGGAAUAAUGUUAAAUUGGGAGGAAAAUACAAUGUUGAUUCUUUAACUAUGUUGACUAGCACUGUGCAGGCACUAUCUCAAAAGUUUGAUCAGUUUCAAACUGGAUCAUUUGUGGCAUCCUCAUGUAAAAAACAACCAUAUGAUUCUUAUUCCAAUACAUAUAAUGAGGGGUUGAAGCACAAUCAUGUAUUAUCCUACAAGAACACUCAGAAUCAGCUAAAUUUUCCACCACCGCAGAAUAACUUCAAUCAACCUCCAGGUUUUCAAGCUAGACCACAUUUUAACCAACAAUAUUUCAAUCAACAGGCCCCUAUACAACCAAAGUCCGACUUAGAAUCUAUGGUUGAGUCCAUUUCUGCCUCACAACUUAAGCAUGACAAGUAUUGGGAAGAGACCAUGAAGCAAACUGAGUUUCUUACUACCUCAAUUCAACAAAUUCAAGCUCAAAACAAGCUCAUGGAGAAUCAGAUGAGCCAACUUUCUCAUCAAGUGGGUCAAUCCUCGAAGACUCCAAGCCAAUUUCCUGGAAAUACUGAGCAACCACCUAGGGGUCAAAUCAAUGUUGUGACUUUGAGGAGUGGUAGAGAGUUAGAAGACCUUCUACCUAAGGUAACUCAAAAUGAGGUUAUUGUGGAAGACGAAGAUCAGGAAGUUGAAUGGGAUGAUGAAGAAGAAGAAACGGAACCAGUUGUUGCUCCCAGUCACUACAACAAAUCCCAUCUUUUUUCGAUGCUUUUAAGGAGAAUUAGCGACGCCUAA